AUGUCGGACACUCUCUCCGACGCGGACAAGGUUAGUAACUCGUUGCGUCCAGCACACGAUCCCAUUUUCCCCGCAGCGACUCGACAACUGACAUGGCUAUGUGAUGUCAAGAUCCGCAACAAGCGUCUAGCAAAGCUCUCAAAUCCCAUCCAACCCACCGGUGAUGGAGCCUCAGACACAAUCACCUUUAUCCGCACACCCACCGACAAGUCUUCACAACGCGCCACCCCCCCGCAGCAGUCAGAAGGGAAACGGAUCAAGAUCACACCCGCUGCUUCUACGCCUGAGCGACCGCGAUCUGCCGCUCCUUCGGCCCCAAGUACACCCCCGCCACAAAAAAUCGAGAGCAUCGAGACUUUUGAGGACCGGACUUUGAGCGCUGUGUUCAGAUUGACACUCAAGGAGGAAGGGCAACGUGAUAUUCACGGCAAGCGCACAUACUUGCCCGGUCUGCGGAGCGAACUGCAGGAUGAGGGCCAGGAUCUGCGCAUCCAGCUCGCGGUCUUGGACCAGGCUUUACUGGAAGCUGCCUCUAUGGCUGAACGACAGCGUCCCCUAGAUUAUUUGCUGCCAUGCUGGAAGCGCAUCACAAAGUUGUCGAAGGGCUUGAGGCGGACCGGAGAUGAUGACCCGAAGUAUCAGGUUUUGGUUGAGGCACGGCGGCUGUGCAUGAGUUACUGUAUUUUUGCGAUUACGAUGCCAGAGAUGUUUGGGAGCGAGUGGUCUGCAGACUCAUCGCUAGCGUCGUACCUUCUCGUGGACCCCGAGGAUGACAAGGGAAUUGAUUUCGAAUUCAUCAACGAGGCUGUCCGGAGAUUCGACGAAGACGAUACUGUCAAGCCAGCUUUCAUUUCUGCCAUCGAGCAGCUCAGUACACAGCUUGCCCAACUGGACGUCAAUGACGAUUAUAAGCCCUACACUAUUGCUCUUCGGAAUCUUGUGCGUCACGGGUCAAUUGCGACGGCAAUCACAGAAUCGUCUAUCUUCAACCAUUCCAAGGAUCCUGCUCAAUUUGAGAAAAUCACUCUUAUGGGCCCAUGGUUCCGCUUGUCCCCCCUCCAGGCUAAUGUUACCAUGUCCUAUUUCUCCAGUCCCAAAACCCGCGAUCAGGCAUACAUUUCCAAUGCCCAGCGGUCACUUCGUAUGACACAACAGAUGAUCAGCUCUGACCUUCUCGAUGUGAUCAACCACCUGAUUCGCGCCUCCAAGGAGGCUCGGGAUCGUGUUCUGGAUUGGUUUGCUGCUGCUAUGAAUAUUAAUCACAAACGGCGUGCCAUGCAGGUCGACGCCGAACAAGUUUCUUCUGAUGGAUUCAUGUUCAAUCUUACAACUUGCCUUGAUCAGCUAUGUGAGCCGUUCAUGGAUGCAGCUUUCACCAAAAUUGACAGAGUUGAUGCGGAUUAUCUUCACCGAAGCUCUCGGGUCGAAAUGCGUGAUGAAACCAAAAUCAAUGCCGACCAGCAUGUUUCGGAUGCUUUCUAUUCCAAGAAGGCCGAGGGGACAUCUAACUUUAUCACUGAAAUAUUUUUCCUGACUGUUGCCGCUCAUCACUACGGUAGCGAAUCAUUGACUUCAAAAUUGGAGCAACUUGAAAAGGACGUGCGACAGAUGGAGUCCACAAUCAAUAAAUUCGAGCUUGAGCGGGCCCGUUGGCUCAACAAUCCAAUUCAACUGCGCCAAUUCGACCAGGCAGUUAAGAAAUACAAAGACAAACUCGAUCUGGGAAUCGCUCUUAAGUACAGUCUCCAGGGUGUGCUAUUUGAUGACCAGUGGCAGGCCCGUUCUAUGCUGUUUAUGCGAUACGUCACUGUGUGGCUGCUGAGACUUGUAUCGGGCAAGAACUUCCCCAAGCAACCGCUUACACUCCCUCUACCGGAAGAACAGCCAGAAGUUUUCAAAUGUCUACCAGAGUAUUUCUUGGAAGAUAUUGUCAGCAACUUCAAAUUCAUCAUGUGGUGCAUGCCGCAAAUCAUCACCGCCACCCAGGGUGAUGAGCUGGUAAUGCUGUGCAUCACAUUCCUCGAGAGCUCUGCCUAUAUUAAGAACCCCUAUCUGAAAGCCGGAUUGAUCUCCAUCCUGUUCCGAGGCACCUGGAAACGCCCUGGUGGCGCCAGCGGUGUGUUGGUGGAUCUGCUUAACUCGAUGCCAUUUGCCAACGAGCACCUCCUUCACGCAGUUAUGAAGUUUUACAUCGAGGCAGAGCACACAGGAGCACACACGCAAUUCUAUGACAAAUUUAACAUCCGUUACGAGAUCUUCCAGAUCAUUAAGUGCAUCUGGCCCAAUACCCUUUACCGGGAGAAGCUGUCCAUCCAAGCAAAUCAGAACCUGGACUUCUUCGUUCGAUUCGUCAACCUCCUCCUGAAUGACGUGACCUACGUUCUCGAUGAAUCUUUCGGUGCCUUCAAGACCAUCCACAGCACCCAGACAGAGCUCAACACUCAAGGACACACGAUGGACGCCGCAACCCGCCAGCAGCACCAAGAGAAUCUUGCAUCAGCGCAGAGCAAAGCAAAGAGCUACAUGCAACUGACCAAUGAGACAGUUGCUAUGUUGAAGCUUUUCACCGAGGCGCUCGCAGAUUCCUUUACAAUGCCCGAAAUCGUACAGCGUCUCGCAGAUAUGUUGGACUACAACCUGGACGCAAUGGUAGGCACCAAGAGCGCCACCCUACGUGUUGAAAACUUGCAGGAAUAUGGGUUCAAUCCUCGUGCUCUUCUCAGUGAGAUUGUCGAUGUCUAUCUUAAUCUGAUGGGCAAGGAGAACUUUAUCUUGGCUGUCGCUCGUGAUGGCCGAUCAUACAAGCCGGCCAACUUCGAGAAGGCGGCUGAUAUUAUGAAUAAGUGGUCGCUGAAGUCUCCUGAGGAGCUUCGCCGCUGGAGCCAGCUUCAGAAAAAGGUCAUGGUUGCGAAGGAAGCCGAUGACCAAGCUGAGGAGGACCUCGGCGAGAUUCCAGACGAGUUCCUUGAUCCCCUUAUGUAUACUCUCAUGGACGACCCUGUUAUUCUUCCCAGCUCGCGGAUUUCGAUUGACCGCGCGACCAUCCGUUCGCAUCUUCUGAGUGACCCUCACGAUCCGUUCAACCGUGUUCCUUUGAAGAUGGAAGAUGUUGUUGCUGAUACCGAUCUCAAAGCCAAGAUCGAAGCAUUCAAGACCGAGAAGUUGGCCGGUAAGCGGAGGGAGAUGGUACAGAACCGAAGUGAUUCAAUGGACACAUCCACCUAG